GUUUCCUUAUAAAGGAAGUUACACUCACAGUGAACUCAAAGCUGCUAGCUGUUGUAUUUUGAGAAUUUACUUUUACUCUUUCAAAUCAAAAGAUGAAGAGCCUACUAGUGGUCAUGUUGCUGGCUGCUGCAGCCACCGCGGCUUCCAUCGACAGUGAGAUCCCAGAGGUGGUGGUGACGUAUGAGGACAUCAAUGACACUGACGUGGCUGACGUGACGACGACUGCUGUGGCCUCACGCAAUAACAUCAACGUCGGCGUCAUCGGCAACAGUAGACUGCUGUCCAGGACCCAUCACGUGAGAAGCGGGAUACCUGGCCACCGCCACAUCCAAGACAUUACCUUCCGCGCCAACAACGGGCUCCGGUUCACUGCCAUCCGGGUGACACACUACGGGAACUACCAGGGUGCCAGUGCCGGCAUCAGGAGUGGUGGCGUCGGGAGUACCGUGGUCACCAUCAGGUUGCAGUCACGGGUGCACUUUGGAUACCAGUACCGCAUUGAACUUUAUGGACGAUAAACUGCAGUAUAACUACUGGAGUCUUCAAAGAUUUUGGAGAGAAUUAUGAUCGUAUUUGGAUUAAUGGUGCUAUUAGUUUUUAAGGAUAUUAAAAUGCAUUGGUUUGAAGUUUUAAUUAAA